AUGCGCAUGCAUAUCCUUACGCCGGCCCGACAGCCAGAUGCGCACACACGGCGGCAAGUGCAAACGCAGUCGACUCGUGACCGACCGGAACUGCCUGUCAUUCCGCUUGAUGCUCACUGCGGAAUAUGCAAUGAGAAAAUCGAUCGAGACGUCUUCGUCACUGCUUUGAUUGGAAAACGAGGACGCAUGACCUACCUUGGCCGUACCAUCAAGUUUCCCUUUCCAAUCUACGGCACUUACCUCCCCUCUCCAGACGGCAUAGACGCAUACCUCGACCGCAAGAAGUCCUUUCAUUUCUGCUACCUGUGCACUGAUUCUACCCCAUGGAAAGAGUGCCUUUCCAACUGGAAACACUCAAGCCACGCUUUCAACAACCCAUACGAGGCCGUUACCACCCAUCAUGACUGCUUUUCCAUGUUCAUCCAGUCCUGCCCGCUUCCCCCACGCCUGGCAUGCGAACGACUAUGGAAGGUGGCCAUUGCCAGACGCCCGUGGCCCCUCGGUUACCAAGACCUGCCGUCCAUCUCACUUACCGGCGCAUAUCAUGUCCUGUGCGUAGAAGCGGUGAGAAAGGUUGCUUCAAUCUACAACAUUCGCCAGUUGACCAACUUUCCCACGGAAUUGGUCGAGCGGAUUCGGUCAUACUCCCCAGGAGAACCCGUGUUUUGGAGGGCUGUCACCGCCCUGACAGUGGCUUUGUCCCUGUCCAACUUCCCAGUCAUUGAUGAGCAACGUGUCGAACUGACCAAGGUAUCCCACUGGGAAAGAGGGGGCACAAUACAAACUUCGGGACCCGAAGGCCGCACAACCGAUGUCCUCCGUAUCACCUUCGACAUAGAUGGAGUCCGCAAGAUUGAACGGCUUCCACGAUGGCCCAACUGCGAAAAGCAACUAAAGACAGAUGAAAGAUUUGCCUGGGUUAUAUUGGAAAUAGACGGUGUCGAAAUCCGAGACAAAAUGGCGUACUGUCAAGGCGGUCUCCUUCGAUUCAGCUGGGGUGACACCAGCCGUGCACUUGCACACAGCAUCCCACCGAUGAUCUGGGACACGCCUACACCUCCGGACCUGCAUAACAUUGAGUACAAUGCGGACAAAUUCUAUUUUCCGUUUUUUGGAGGGGGGUAUGGUGGCUCCUUUGAGGCGGGGCACUUGAUCAAUCUCGACUCUAUAUCCGGCCUCACCUUCGUAUAUGAGGGCAAAGAGCUCACGGCAAUUCACUCGCAUUGUGGCGACGCGAUCAACAACUUCGGCAUUCCUGUCGGUUCCCGUUACGGUCAACACCAAGCCUGCUUCUUCCUUCCAGUUACUAAAGAAGACAAGAUUAUGGCCAUUGGUAUUGGAUGCUACCCAAGAGCGUUGGUGAUAGUUGUCAAGAAGCGCCUGUCUGGGGAUACCGUCAUCGGUUUGCCAUGCCCCAACCCCAUUACAGGUCAAGAAAUUUCGGUAAUGUCACCUGAUGAUACAGAAUUUGAGUUUCUGGCGGGACCCACGGAGGGCGAUGAAGAAUAUUUCGAUCCUCGUCAUUUUCACUGGGGUGCGAGAGAGCCUCAGGCGCUGCUAUAUGGCUUCCAGGGUAAGCGAAACCAGCUAGACCUGUUAGGAGGCUAUCGCUAUGAUCCGCCCCAGAAUUGGGUACCUGGAUGGAAACCAAGAUUGCAGGGGCGGUCGAUUCCUCAUAAUUGGCCUCAAAAUAAUCUUUUUAGCAGGGACAACCAGGAAGAUCUCCGCUUCUACACUUCUGCGCCGCUCGAGGGGGUUAUUUCUGCCCAGAUGUUCUACAGUAGGAGAUUCGUUCCCCGUGGAGGAGAGCCCUUCUGCUCAGGCAUCAUCUUUCACUAUGAGAACGGAGGCUCGAGGGUGGUCGGGGAGGUUCGACUUAUCAACGACCGAGCCAGUAUUGCAGGCGAGACUAUUAUCCAUCCUAAGCUGAUAUGUCUGGAGUGGCCAAAGCGUGAUGGAAGUUCCAUCAGCCAGAGAAUUCGCUUCUUGACAGAGGCCGACAUCGAGAAAGGCGUACAUCCAGUCCACACAAAUCCCCGCCUCGGCAAGUGUACCCGUUUCCCGAUAGUCAAGGAGAGUGUUUGCUACCCUAUGGAAGGCACGAUUGACUGGUGGUUUACUGCGAGCGAAAGGAUGCGGGAGGAGGAGGAUACACAGGAGGGAGAGUCACAGGAAGAGGACAUUGAUGAUGAUUAG